UGGUUUUAACCAACCAGGGCUCGAUAUGGCGGCCAUAUAUCACAAAGUGUUAUCUUGAAAAGGAGAACGUUCUGUUUAAAUGUCAGUACGAAGUUUGAAAUUAACGAUUUAGUGAGUUGUCUAUAUACACAAAAACAAGUGCUCAAAAUUCGUCCGUGUUGUUCAUUUAAAUCGUUUAAACGUAUAAUUUGUGUUUAAGAAACCGACAAUUAGAGUCAUCAACACUCAGGAAAUAUUCAGCUUAUCGAGCGGUAUAUGUUUAUGAGGACUCAGACAUAAGACAAUAUGGCGGAACGAUUGCGUCAAUACCGACUUGGGAAAGAGCUGUACCCGCGUUACAAAUAUGCCACCGAGGAGAUCAAAAGAGCGUACAAGAAGUACUCCAGACUGAUCAGUGAGUGCGGGCUGUCAGGUGAACCACAUCUGCCAAUAUUUGGAGAUGUUUCGGUGAACAUAUUAGAAUCGCACGUUGAUGUACUGAUAGAAGCAGACGAGCUCUCCCCUAAAUCUAUGCCAGAUCCUACUAAGUUCGAAACCAUGAAUCAAGAACAGGCAAAGACACAAUUUGCCGAUCUGACCGAAAAUGAAAGAUUGCCUACAAUUUAUGUCACAAAAUACACGGAGAAAAACGUCCCACAAGACUACUUUGGGAAUAUGAUUGUCUACAUUUCCGGUCGUCCUAUUCCAGAUUCGAAAUGGUCGAGAUACGAGGACACAUACAUUUGUGUUUCAAAUAAGAAAUCGUGUAAAGAAGAUAUCAAUGAAAUGUUAGCGAGAUAUGUUUUCUCUUACAUGCGUAACAGGACUGAGAUUUUACAUUGCAUCGCACAUUGUGCUGAAGCGGACGAUUAUACACAAAAACUAGGACGAUGUUUGGAAAACAGAAAUAAGUGUUCACCUUCCACACCCGUAAAGGUCAUGGGGAGUGUGACAUUUCGCCGUAGCAAAUCUUCUACCACCGAAGCAAAUCUCCUCGUGGAAAAAAGUCUUGACGAAGGAGUUGGCCUCGAAGAGCACUUGAAAAGGGCCCGAACCAUGAGACCAAGAUUGCUCGAUGCCGUUUCGGAGAUUUGUACGAUGUAUAAAAGAAGCGAAAUACCGGAAAGUGAACGUCCUCAAAUUCAAAGACGAGAGAAAAACGUCAACGAAGAGGUUGCUAAUGAGCUUACCAUGAAGAUACCACAAAUCAUCGGUGUCGGGUACAGGUUAGACACACUGGUGGUAACUGUGGAUGCAUCCGUCAUGAACGAUGAAAAAACAAUGAAUAAGAUAAAAUCAGACACAAGAAAAGUGUUUGACGCGAGGAAUAUAAAAGAAGAAAGUAUAAACUUUAUAUUUAGCACGCGAGAUAUGAGCAGAUUUGCAAGCGCCGAUGUGAAGACUGGGGGUUUCAUUCGAGCUGUUGGGAGGGGAACGCUUGGUGGCUUCGUAUGGAAAGGGAAUCCACCACAUAAGAAUUGCUGUCUGAUAUCGGCAAAUCAUGUUUUACAAGACCAAAACAGCAGCGAUGUGUACCUUAUUUCUUCUUACGCAACAGAAACAAAGAUCGCUACAACACUGCUACCUAGAAUGGACGUAGAAUAUUUAAAGCCUCUGGAUAUCGCAGCCGCUAAAUUGCACAUUCAACCAACUGAAGAACCCAGCCUAUUGGACUCAACAGGUCAAAAGGCAAAUAGCAAGGUGUAUGAUUAUCAAAACCAAGACCAGGUGGAGUUGUUAAAUGGUUUACGGGUUCACUUAUGGGGAGCGAAGACCCGAUUGGGCAAAGGUAAAAUAACAAUGCCUUUGUACUAUCGAAGUGCCACUGCAAAUAUCCAACCAUUAAUUGGACUCGAGGACCUUGAUUCUGAUGAAGCAUCUGAUGGUGACACAACAGACGAAGCUGGAGAAAGCAGUAGAGUACUCGCUGCUGAGGGUGACAGUGGUUCUCUGGUGUGUGCCGACACUCCAAAAGGAAUUUACAUCGAUGCAAUAGGGAUGUUAAUCGGAAAACAGCAUGAGUCUGAUGCCAAAACCCCUUCGCGAAUGACAUCAGCCAGCGAAACAAACAGUGUAGAUACUGCAGGCAAUGGAAUAAGCGACAGCACAGGUGAUGCUGCUACCCAAAAUCAAAGUGUAGCUUCUGCCUCAUCUCAUGGAUCCAGCAGAAAACUGUAUUUGGCCUUUGAUCUUCAAGCAGGACUUCGUCACAUGAAUGACAAAUACAAAGAUGAUUUCCAAUUGUGUAAAAGUGUGAACAACCCUUAGGUAUAUUCUGCGAAACAAACACAAUUUAUACUAAAUUGAUUUGGUGUUUAUGAUCGAAGUUUAUAUACGUUUUUUUGUGAAUUGGCACACGUGAUUUAUUUCGAAGUUCUAACCAGACAGUUUAUGAUCGGAAUUUAUAUACGGUUUUUGUGUGCAUUGGCACACGUGAUUUAUUUCGAAAUAUUUACCAGACAGUAAAUAACAGACAGUUGUUUUCAAACGUUACAGGUAAUGCCAUAAACGCUUACUCUCCCAUGUGUUAUAUACAAUCCGGUACGGGUUUUUCUCUAGAUAAAUAUGCCGUUGAUUGUUUAGAAAAGCGGUUAUAGCCUCACCCGUUAUACGUUUAGCCGGUUUCUGUUUCGUUGUGUUGUGUAUUCCCAAAUCAAAUUUUAAGACAAUAUAUGUGAAUAUAUAACGUUGAAUCGUAUGAGUAAAUUUUUCUUAAAAAGCAUUCUUCGAAGAGUCUAAGCGUUUAAAAAUUAGAGUAAAUAAUGCAGAGCUAGUUCGUAUAAAAAGAUGUUUUUUUAUUGUAAUUGUACGGCAUCUAUUCACGAUGCUAUUGAAUUAGAUAUAUUAUAUAAAACUGUUUGUUUAUUAUGUGCAUACAUCUCGAAUUAUUGUAUAAUUAUAGUAGUGCACCAUGUUAGUCGCAUUACUUGUUUGAUUUGCUUACAAGUACAAUAACGAUCAAACUCAAUUACUUUAACCCAUGUAAACUGUUGGCAUAAAAUGCCAAUGUCGUUUCUUGGAGCAGAAAUUCCAUAUGCCGUACAUGUGUACACUUUUAGGUUUAUCUUAUUGAAUAAAUUAAAUUGUUAUUUGAUUCAUUUAUUUUAUUUCAUUCUUCAUUUGUAACGGUAUUUUGGAUGAACAGUUUUCGAUCUCGAUAUUGUUUCAGUUUUGAAAGUACUUUUACAAUUGUCCCGGUUUGCAUUUUGAUAAUAGUUCAUGACAUGUGUACUGGUAUUUAUCGAUGUUUAUUUAAUUUCGAUUUAAAUAAGUUAAAUUCUAGUUAAACCUUUUGUAAAUAUCGAUCGUAUAAAUAUGUGAUUUGUAACAUGCGGCUUGAAUACUGAAAUGGUUAGUACUGUGAUAUUGGUAUUGUCUGUUAAAUGUUGUAAAUAUAUUUUAAGAACAACCAAGUUUGUAGUAGAAGCUUUAGCUAAAAGUAAGACGGUCAAUGUGACUGUCACUUCACUGGUAAACAUUAUGGAAACAUAUGCAUAAUAUUGUUAUGGAAUAGUUGUAUGCAAUGGCCGAGUUAGCAUGAAGGAUAAUUUAUGAGCCGUUUCUGUCUUAAUGCAUAUGAGUAAAGGAUCGUACCAGAUUAGCCUGUGCAGUCCACAGGGGAUCAUUGAGGACACUUUCCGCCUGGACUGGUAUUUCGUUUAGAAGAGAUCUUUUUAAACUAAAAAUUGCUCAAAACGGUAUUUGUCGGUCCUGAUGAGCCUGUCCGGACUGAACAUCACAAUCUAAAAUGGGACGAUAAUUUAAGCACAUGACGUAAGCCCGGUUUUCCUAUAGCCCGGCUCAUUUACAUGAACGGACCAAUUGCGACCCUUGGUAACCAAACCAAGCCGGCAUACAUAUGUGUCUUGUUCUGAGAAAACUGGGCUUAAUGUAUGUGCGUAAAGUGUCGUUCCAGAUUAGCCUGUGCAGUCCGCACAGGCUAAUCAGGGACGACACUUUCCGCUUAAACUAGAUUUUCGGUAAAAAGGGACUUCCUUUUAACGGAAAAUACCAUUUAAGCGGAAAGUGUCGUCCCUGAUUAGCCUGUGCGGACUGCACAGGCUUAUCUGGGACGACACUUUACGCACAUGCACUAUGACCAGCUUUCACAGAACAAGACACAUAUGCUUAAAAAUUUGCAUUCCUCUUGAUAUAUUCUUUGACCAACUGUUUGCCUAAGUUAAAUUUAUGAGUCAAUAACGAAUACUUCUUAUGUACGUUCAACCGAUGCAGUCGGAAUUUGUAUUGAAUUCAACACUGUUUAUGCAGGUUUACUUAUUUUCUGUGAUACAUGUGUUUCUGUAUAUUAAUGUUACUGUACACUUUUAAAUUUAUUUUGUUGUGAAUUAGUUGUAUUGAUAACGUUUUUCACGACCUAAUUUGUAUUAAUCACUUAUUGAAUUGCAUAAUGUCAAUCGGAUAUCAGAGCCGUUAAAUAUAAUGAUGUCUGCUUAUGUAAUUUUAUUUGUGUCCAAAUUGAGGAUGUAUGGAUGAUUUUUAACAAAUACGAUUUGAUUUUGAAAACAAGGUAGAAAAGACAAUGUAUAUUUGCAAGCAAUAUCUAAAUGACUGCUGGACAAACUAAUUGUUGCAUGUAUUGUUAUUACAUUGUUAUCUAAUAACCUGUGUAUGAUCUACAUUUUUAAAUUAGAUAAUGUGUCCAAAUUAAAUGUUCUGAACACUUAUAA